AUGAGAGAUCAUAAUCGUGAAGCAUCCUCAUCUCCUCGUGCCCUUCCCUCAACGUCGGCCGCCUCUGAAGACGUCGCCUCUGCCGACUCCUCCUUCCAGGCCCUCUCCGCGAUAGGCGAAGUUGGUGACAAGCUCCCCUCAGCUAUCGAGCCCACCGAGGCUCCCUUUUUCGCCAAUAAUUCUUACGCCGAUCGACUUCCUGCGAGCAUUGUUGAGUUUUACCUGAACCAAGAGACCAUCUCCGCUCUCGCCCUGGUAACUGUCCCCCUCAGUAUCGCAGACUUCCACCGCUACGAAGACGACAUUGCAGCAUGCGUCGACAAGCGGUUCGACUAUGACCCGGAAACACAGGUGAUCACAUUCCGUAUGACUACUCCGACGCACGACAAGUUUGCUAAAUAUGUCGAGGAUGCCAUAUUGAAGGAGCUGAGCAAGCUUGAUAAAGGGCAUUCCAACUUCAUAGCCGGUAUUGAGACUGUCGGCCAUGCUCGUAUUGAGCUGGCUCCCAACCCAAGCGCUGUUAGUGCUUCAGGAAGUGACACCGAAAGCAUGGGGAAAUUUACACUCUAUCAUUUGUAUCCUAAUGCCAGAAGGUUACUACUUGAACUGAGGAUGAAAGUCCUGAAAUGGAGAUGA